CUUUUAUUGUUAGCCAGCAAAAUGGCGCUCGCCAUGUCUUUUCGUUUUCUUCGAUACCAGAGGGGUUUUAAUACAGGAUCUUUGUCUCAGGUAAGAAUGUCUACCAAACCUGAAGAUUACUUCACUGCAAAAUAUAUUCCUGAAAAGGGUAAAACAUAUGACAAGAAGCCAUUUAAAAUGAUGCUCCACCCAGGAAAGACAUACACAUGGUGCAUGUGUGGGUACAGUCAUUCACAAGUGCGCCACUGUACCACUGCUGGCUCAGACAAUCCUGUCACUGAGAAGAAAGGCGUUAUUGCUGGCAUCAAGCCUAUCAAGUUGCAUAUAGAUGCCAACAAACGGUACAGCUGGUGUGCCUGUGGGCUCAGUGAGAAGCAGCCUUUAUGCGACGGCAUGCACAAAAUAAUGAAGUCCGAACUCAAGCCCGUUAGGUUCACGUUGGAUGAAGCGAAAGAGGUAUGGCUGUGCAACUGUAAGCAGACAAACAAACGCCCCUACUGUGAUGGUACACACAAGCAUCCAGAUAUCCAGGCAGCCGUCCGAUAGUGACUGCCGCAUAAGUCAUUGUGGCAUGCUCUUCAUUAAAAAGCCAAUCUUGUAGUGCCGAACUUACAUGAUACCCUCCGGAGGUAACUGAAUUUUGUAUUUAAUUCUGCAGUAGUGAGAUUAAUCCAUGAAUAAGAGUAAAUACAACAUCGUGGGCAGUAUUGGUCUGCCAACGACAGUAUCUGAUAUUUAUAUAUCCUGAUAAUGACUUGGAAUUACUAGUAUACAAUGUUAAUAUUUGUAUAGAGUAUAAUGCACCAGACAUUUCUUAGUGUCAAACUGGGAAACCUAUGAAUAAUCAUUUAAUCUGGCAUAAUCCUGUUCUAAUUCUUGUGCAUGCAUUACGCUUUGAAAGGAGUAAAUCGAGAUUUUGUAAAGGAAAUAUAACGGAGCCUUGAAUUACAUAACUGAUGCACAAUUCAUGCAUUUCUGAAUAUAAUCACCAAUAGGCUUGCUGUAUUUUCUAAUGUGAGAAAUGUUAUCAUGUUUUAAAAGUUGUAAUGCAAACUUGUCUUAUGGCAAUUAAAAUACGUUAUUGAGUUAUUUAAAAACGAGUUGUUAUGGAUUGUUGAGCGCUGUCUGAGUAUGCAUUUCACGGAAAUGUCGUCAUUCCGAGUGAAGUCGUCAAUCAAUAUUUGUCUCAGAUUCAAUAGUGUAAUAGAGGGGUAUUGUAUUUUCUGGUAGUUCAAUAAUUGAUCAAGACAAAGUACAAUGGUUAAUACUGGCCGAAGAUAAGUGACGUGUAACUUAGGUGAUCUGAGAAUGUUGGUUGUUACAGCUUUAAAAGUCAAUAUUUCCCAGGUCAGCAUCUUUUAUAUGAUGCGCAACUUGAUUUUUACAUGCGGUACAUGUGUUUUACGAUAUAGUUAUGCCUUGCGCAGCAGUUACUUAAAAUCAAAUUUUUUACUAGGUCAAGUUCAAUACAAAAGUAAAUCUGCGUUUGUUUGAAAUACAUAUGUUCUACGUACUGGUUAAGGAUACACUUGAAACAAUCUCCCCAAUGCAUAUAUUCGAGUCAUGAAGCUGAAAUAUGUAGUGAUGUAUUGCCCCGGGUACAAAUGAUAAAAUUUGUUUUUGAUUUGAUGUUGGCAAAAUGCUUGACCACAAUGCAUUGGUAAGCUGGUGUGUGCGUGCGUGCGUGUGCAUGAAUGUAUGACCCAUGUACUAGGCAUGUGGCUGACUAGCAAGCGAAAGACAGAAUAAAUAAACAGACUACAUUCGUAAAUACGAUGACAGGUUUAAUGAUAACAUCAAUAAUGCAAAUAAAAUGAAUAAUGUGGGGGUACUACAAAUGACUUACUUGAGAAUGAUCCACGGAAGCACUGACAUUGGAAAAAUAUAUCACCACACACUGUAAUAACAAUAUUUUCCAACUGUUACGUAUGCCAAUGUGUUCCCCAACGAUAAUGUAGCACAAACGAACUUUUUAUUACAAAAUUAUUACAAUUACAAUAUACAAGCUAUUUGACUAGACCACAUGAAUCAUAAGUGAUUGCACUUUAUUAGCGUGUAAUUUAUGAGAAUAAUGUUUUUUCACUGCUAUAUCAAAACAAAACUGUUCGGA